CGGGCGGAACUCGCAGCACCCGGCGCCCGACGGGAGGAGGAGGACGUGUUUACUCAGGACAUUGUUUAGUCUGCAGACCUAGGCAACACUGAUGUUGACAUAGCCUACAUAUAACCCCGGGCUGUGGGUCAGGAAGGGCUAACGUUCAUUAGUGCAUGUUAAAUUAUAAUCCACUUUUAAACCUCGGUAUGUGUUGUUUACUUUGCUAGACGAGCCAUGUAUACCUGUGUUUUACGUGAAGUUGGUUGAUAUUUCAGGUUCUGUGUAGCAGGGCGAGUUCAUAGCACUGGGUUGUACAAGAACGUCUUGACUUUAAUGGUUUGAUUCUUUGAUUCAUCGCUUCACAUAAAGCGGGUCAGGCCCCGUGUUGCCAGAUUGAGACAUAUUUCCCGCCCCAUCUUGCAUCGCCGGCGGCCCAAUCUGGCAACACCGGUCAGAUCCCUGUCCGUCAAUUUCAUAAUCGGCAGUUCCGCGUAACGUAAACGAAACGAGUCACGUUUUCUCCUAGCCAAUCGCAGCCCUGCUUUAUUAUGACACCGUGGGAUUCCGCGAAAUUGUUUCUUGGAGUUGAGAAAAAGUGCUCCGCACAGCUUCAACCGGGCGAGUUGACGCAUGUAAGCCAGGGGAGAAGGAGCACAUCGUGACAACAACAACAUCGAUUAUAUUGGCGGCUAUUGAUCUGCAAGUUAGGCCGACUAUCGAUAAUAGGUACGCGUUAUACUAUUAUAGGGUUGUGUCGAUCCGCCCUGCUUCAGUAUCCAACAACCCCUGUCGGAGGAGGAUGGUCACAUCGAAGACGACACGUGUGGAUUGUUAGCCACAUGUUUCCUGUGGCCGAGUGUGAUUAGCAUUAUUCAGUCGACAUUUAUUGGGGAUCAUUCAUUCUUGACGUCCGUCGGAUCCUCGUAGUGCCACGGGGAGCUGAAGCGAUGAUGUCGGAGUGUGAACCGGCCGCAGAGCGGGUCUCCUCCCAGCGGCCCCCGGGUAGUGGUAGUCCCGACGCGCUGCUGCCCACAGAGGACAUGCACAAAGAGAAUCAGGAGAACAGAACUUUGUUGAUGGUCGCGAUGAUCCUGCUGGACUUGAACAAAUGUAUCCCCGGAGGAGGAGGAGGCGCCAAGUGUCUUGUGGCGCAGACCGACGAGAACACCCGCGACAAGGUGGACCGCCGGUCGGACAGCGAGGACACUCUGGCCCCGGUGCCGGCACCGACUCAUUACCGGAAUAAAAAAUCAGCAAUCAGGCACGAGUCUCCCGAGAAGAGGCACAGCUGCCCGUUCACCGGUUGCGGGAAAAUGUAUGGAAAGUCGUCCCACCUCAAGGCUCACUUAAGGGUCCACACCGGGGAGCGUCCGUUCGAGUGCACUUGGAAAGAUUGCGGUAAGAAGUUUUCGCGGUCGGACGAGCUGACCCGGCAUUACCGCACGCACACGGGAGAAAAGCGCUUCAACUGUCCGCUGUGCGACAAGUGCUUCAUGAGGAGCGACCACCUGACGAAGCACGCCCGGCGGCACGCGGGCUUCCAGCCAAGCAUGCUGCAGUGCCCCAGCGCGGCCAAGAGGCGGCGCUGCUCCCUGUCCGUCUCCUCGUCCGACUCUGGAGACCGAAGUCCCGCUGGGUUUUAGGUCCUUAGGUUAAGGACACACUCCCAUUCAGACGCAGGAGAACCCAUGUGCACCGGAGGACGAACGCAUAUACACGCACACACGCACGCAUACACAAUCACACGCACACCCGCAAAUCACACUACGAUUUCAGCAGUGUUUCGUCAGUGCCAAUACCAUUGAGUUGGGUUGGCUGUGACUCUUAGCGAUUUCCCUGUGCACUACAGACUAUUCAAAACGAUACUGUAAAUAAUUAAAACGAGAAAAAAAAUCAAACGCAUGACUAUGUGCAGAUGUUCUCUGUAAAUAUUGCAAACGCAGUGUAAAGUUAUCUUUCCAUUUCAAAAAGUCAAUCUUUGAUACUACCUAGAAUCAGCGGUCAUUCUACUGUGAGUCUCCUUUCUUAUUUCUAAUGUUCAGAAGCCGCCAAGGAAACAGUUCAGAAACAGCUAAGUCACAUGUACUGAGCUGGUCAGGUAACUCUGAUUUUUUUUAUACUUGAAUAAUGUGCAAAUGAGAAGCCUUUUGUGUAUAGCUUUCUAGAUGAACGCAGACCUAUAAAGAGGAGGAAACGGUAAAUAAAUCACACAUUCAAUAAAUGUGUUGGAAUCUUGUUCAAUUAUUUACAGACUGUGUUAAUAGGCUUAGACCAAUUCAGGAAAACUAUGUAUUUUGCUGACGAGUUAUGGAAGUGAUCUAUGUAAUAUAUCGAUUUUAGUUCAAACGAGGCCUUUGUUUGUCCAAUAGUAUAAUAAUACACUAGAAUUAGCUUAAUGUUAAACUGGGUAUAUUGAAGUAAAAGCAUUUAGAGUUGAAUAUAGUUGUGUAUUGAUUAGGCUUAAAGUAUUAUAUAGUAGAUAUUAUAUAUCUACUAUACUAGAAGAUAAUUGGGAUAGCUACUAACAUCAGUUAAUACCUUGUCCACUCUGCUAUCAGCCAGCUGGUUUGCAAGAUAAUUAUUCAUAGUAAUCAUUAAAUAGUCAAUUUCCUGUCUCUUCCAGGAAAUACAUUAAUAUUGAUGCAAAGGAGACAGAACGUAUGCAAGUAUUAAUUGCAAAGCUUUAUAGCAGAAAUAUAAGGUCAUUCAAUGUCUCACUCACAGUAGUCUGGACUCUGGAUUCUAGUAGAAGGUUAUGACAUUAUUGGGUCAUAACUACAUUUUAUGUUAUGACCAUUUAUGUUAAGGCAUUGAGGGAAUGGUGGAUUGUUGUUUUAUUGCAAGGAAAUAUAAGUUAUACCCCUGGGGAGAAUUGGAAGCACACUGACGAUUCAUUUCAGAUGCAUGAUUUUGUGUGUUUUUUAGGAUUAUCUCUUCCGUAACGUGUGAAAUUAUUUAAAAAGGAAGUAUUUUGUUAUGAAAUUUUGUGUAUAAUUUAGUGUAAAUGACAAUAAAUCUCCAAAUGCCAUUUAAUGCUUCGAGAAACCCAUAGAACAGCCUCUUCCCAUGCCAACCCGUGUAAAGUGAGAACAGAUUCCCACCUUAAAGCAUCAAAUGACUCCGACGUUGGUGCCUUUCAGCCUGAAGCCUUUACUUUGGAUUCUGCUUGCUGCUUGUGUUCUAGGCCACUGUACAGGGUUACCCAGGGUCCAGCACAGGGGCUUGGAAAUUGUCAUGUUCAUGGAGGGAAAUGUGCUCCUCUUGGUUCUAACAAUAAACUCAAGAGGUCUUUCUAAA